CCAAUUACAGGAAAUAUGAAUCUGACGUUGGAAGUUCAACUUUAUGUAAUCGUCAUUAGAAACUCCGGUGUUUGCUUCCCAGCAACUCCCAAGCAUUUCCUCUCUCCCCACCUUCUCACGAUUUCGAGUUGGGGGAUAACGCUAACGCAAGCGACGGUUAUAUUUCUCUCUCACUCUCCUUCUAUUUCCUCCCUAAUCGAAACAAGGUACAUCACUAAACCAUCUCUCGAUUUCAUCUCAGUCUCCGACUCACCCGACCUCUUCAUGGAAGAUAAGCGAAUCGACGAGGAGCUCACCUACCUGAUCCUAUUCGCUGAGCGACUACGGUCCGCUGUUGAGGAGGCCGACUCCUUUAAAGUAGAAUGUACUAACAUCGGCAAUUACGCCGAUAUUCUCGCUGAGAAGUUGCGGUUACUUGUUCGCUUCACCUGCUCUGCUCAAUUGUUAUAUGAGCGGCCUGUUCGUCGGAUUGUUGCUGAGGUUUUCAAAAAUCUAGACCGUGCACUUACCCUAGUACGCAAGUGUAAGCGACGGAGUGUUUUGCGCCGGGUCGUCACUAUCAUCGGCGCUGCUGAUUUCCGGAAAGUGCAAAAUCUUCUUGAAGCUUCUGUUGGUGACGUGAAAUGGCUCGAGAGUAUCUUAGGCUUUGGCAGUGGUGCCGCGGGUGAGGAUGUUGGUAUUGAUCUUGCUCUUCCGCCAAUUGCAAGUAAUGAUCCAAUUCUCGCUUGGAUUUGGUCCUCUAUCGCUUCUAUUCAUGUCCGCCCAUUACCGGAAAAAAUGGAAGCAGCGAAUCAACUUGAACAGCUUGCCCAAGAUAAUGAUCGAAACAAGCAAAUCAUAGUGGAAGAAGGCGGCGUUCCGCCGCUGUUGAAGCUGUUAAAGGAGACUGGUUCUCCGGAGGCGCAAAUUGCGGGUGUCACCGCACUUCUUCACUUGGCUAAUGAUCAGGACAGGGUAACGACUAUUGUGAAUGAACAAGGGGUUCCGAUUGUCGUGAAGGUUCUGGCGGAUUCUCCAAUGAGGGUUCAGACUCUGACGGCCUCUUUGGUAGCAAAGAUGGCAGAGCAUGAUUCCGUUGCGCAGAAUGAUUUAGCGAGGGAGAAUGCAAUUCGUCCGCUUGUCACGCUGCUGUCCUUCGAGACUUUCUCCGAUGACCAAAUGGUUCAGCUGGGUAAGCACAGUAUUCAUUCAAUUGUUCAGAUUAAUAAAGAAAUGGAGAAAUUUUCGAUAAAUGGGUCAAAGAAUAACCACCAUUAUAGGCCAUAUAUGACUUCAUUUUCGAGUUUUCACUCAGAGGGGAGUACUAGGGGAGGAAAUAGGAAAGAGAGGGAAAAUGAGAAGCCUGAAGUAAAGCUUAAGUUGAAAAUCAGUUGUGCAGAGGCUUUGUGGAUGCUUGCUAGGGGAAAUGUAUCGAAUAGUAAGAAGAUAACAGAGACAAAAGGGCUGCUUUGUUUGGCGAAAUUGGUUGACAGUGAAGAAGGAGAAUUAAAAUUCAAUUGCUUGAUGACUAUAAAGGAGAUAACUGCGGCAGCUGAAUCCAGUGCUGACCUUAGACGUGCGGCUUUUAAGACUAAUUCCCCUGCUGCCAAGGCAAUUAUUGAUCAGCUUUUGAGGGUGAUUAAAGAAUCGGACAGUCCGAAAUCGCAAAUUCCUGCCAUAAGAUCGAUUGGUUCAUUGGCCAGGACUUUUCCGGCAAGAGAGACUCGAGUUAUUGGUCCAUUAGUUGCCCAGCUUAAUAAUAGUACGAGCCAAGAAGUGGCAACAGAGGCUGCCAUUGCACUGGGGAAGUUCACUUGUCCUGAUAAUUUUCUGCGUGAUGCACAUUCGAAGGCAGUAGUGGAGUUCAAUGGUGUACCACCUUUGAUGAGAUUGCUGAGAGGGAAUGAAAGGGCACAGUUGCAUGGAUUGAUUCUCCUCUGUUACCUUGUAUUACAUUCUGGCAAUAAUGAGGCUUUCGAACAGGGUAGGGUGUUGACUGCCCUUGAGGGGGCAGACAGGACGGUGGUUGCACAACAUCCUAAAUUGAGAGAAUUAGUGUCCAAGGCUAUUUAUCACAUCAAUCUCUAUCAUACCAGCGGCCCUUCUCAAAGGUUUUCAUAUGUGCCUUGACACCACAUCAUUAAGUUAGGCAUCCACUUUUUUUUUUUUUUGGU